AUGUGGGCCGUGAGGUUGGCGUUCCACAAGUUCGAGCCGGAGAAGGAAAAUGACAAGCAGCCCGUGUUCAUCCUCCACGGUCUCUUCGGAAAGAAGACGAACUGGUACUCGCUAGCCGACUCACUAUGCAAAGAGACAGACCGACGGGUGUACGUGGUGGAUGCGAGGAACCACGGCGACAGUCCGCACGUGCCGAUCAUGGACUACCCGUCGAUGAGCGACGACUUACAGCUGCUGAUGCGACACGAGGGAAUCACGAAGCCAGCUCUCGUCGGACACAGCAUGGGCGGCCGCAUCGCGAUGACCCUCGCACUCACCAAGGUCAGUGACGGGGUCAAGGUCAGCAUGGGCGGCCGCAUCGCGAUGACCCUCGCGUUCACCAAGGUCAGUGACGAGGUCAAGGUCAGACAUCUGGCGCAGGCAAUACCGAGCUCGAAGCUAAUGGAGGUCGCCGCCGUCACGGAGGCGGUCGUGAGGAGCGUCUUGCUGAACAACAUUGCGGAGGACGAGUCGAACAACAGCUUCCGCUGGGUGUGCAGCCUCGACGACAUCGGCCGCAACAUGAAGCACCUCAUGCGAUUCAUAUCCUACAACCGCUCCUACCACUCGGACGCGCUGUUCCUAGCGGGCGCCAACUCUACGUACUUCACGAAAGCGGACUACCCGGAAGUGCAGAGGCUGUUUCCGCGGGCGGACAUGCUGUAUAUAGAGGGCGCCGGGCACUGGCUCCAUCUCGACAAGCCGCGGGAGCUCCUCGAUGCUCUCGUGCCGUUCAUGAACAAGCCGAGCAGUCUGUAAGAUCGUUCCGGCGAACAACGUCCCGCGUCGGAAACGCCAUCCAAUCGGAAUCAAUCGGAAUGUGCCGUCGUGCGACGCGGGCAAUCGAACUAGGCGUCGCGAUCCCCCUGUCUGCCUGGCCAUAGCCUUGCUACAGAUUACGGUUUGGCAAACAGUCAUGGUGGAGUUUUUAACGAGAAGGACUCCACUCGUAGUUGAUUUCUGACUGCCAGUCGAUUUCCCGCGAGGUAGAGAUGCGUUUGGUUCGCGUUUUCCCCGUCGGACGUUUGUAUAGUAGACUACCGAUUCACGGGCCGGAACGAUUUAUUAAGAGAUGUCGCGUUGUUGCCGCUGCGGAAAGGAACUUUGCAGUUCUUGGGUGUUGAAUUGUGGCUUGUUGCUGCUUUAGUUGGCUGGACACGACCGCGGCCGAUUGGUGGUGUGGUGUGAACUCACUUCUGUAUUUUCAUAUGUCGAUGACCACAUCGUUGGAAGCUUGGCACGUACCAGUACAGAAACAGAAGAAAUAGACAAAAUAGAAGUAGAAGAAACAGAAGAAAUGUCUAACAGAUUGUUGACUUUGUAGUUUAUAUAACAUUAUAAUGGUUUUUUUAAGUAUUACGUGAGGUAACGUGGUUUUUUUUGCGGGGAGGGGGGCGUUUUUUUCAUUAAAUAUGCUGUUAUAGGCGUUGUUACGUGAAGGUUAGUAGGCUAUGUAUUGUUAUGUAUGCAGGCUGUAGUGAAAAGACUAUGAUCGUGCAUCAACUAGUUAUCUCACGUCAGAGGAGUACAGUACAGCGUCACUCUCUUGUCAGCUAGUUCUAAUCUAGAUGCUAUUUAUUGAUUAUUGGUGGCAAAAAAUUGAUUUUGAAUUUAAACCCGCUCGUUUGACUUUAGAUUAAGCUGUUGGAAGUACGACUGAGAGUACAGUCUUGUACAGAUAUGCCAUACCUGAAAUUCUAUAUAAGCUUUUAGGUCGAGUUCAGAAAUAUCAUGGUAACAUGACUUAGUGUGCCUUAAAAACAUCAGGGAGUAACUGUAGUUAUGUUUAAAAAAAUAAUAAGUAGGCAGUGGUGCUAGUUAACUAUACUACAUAUACAUGUCGGAACUUCAGGUUUGUGGAAUUUGCUCAUUUUGUGAAUAUAAUCUCUGUAAUUAAAAUACCGAACGUGUUUGGUAAAGAAAAUAUUCAGAAUUUGAAAUUAUGAUUUGUUCUCUGGUUGAGCCGAACUGGUUUUACCUGCUCCAGAAUACCAAAUCUCAGGUAGAAUUUUGCAUGCAGUGUGUCACUUGUGAGUGGGACCCAAUAACUCGUUUAUCAGAUGGGACUACAAAGUUAGAGAAUGUAUUUUGUCUAGACAAUUAUUGACUACGGUUGGUCCUUCCCCCUCGCAAUUCAUACGUGUACGUGUGUGCGUGUGUUCUUCCACAACCUAUACGCUGGCUGGUCGCGACGACCGGUCAUGCAAUAGAGAGAAACUAUUUUAGAAAGGUAUACUUUGAGGGCAGAGUUAGACAGCGGUUUACCUUUUGAUAGCGACGAGCCACGGUGGGCAACUUUCUAACGCCGACCCCCCCCCCCCGUCCGUGUGAACGGAAAGUAAGCAGCGCUCGGCAAAAAGGCGAUUGCAGUUCCGACAAGAUGUCCGUCCUAAUUAACACGAACGAACGCGCGUGACCCAGUUAGGACAGCGGGUGUUUUUGCAUGGGGAGUACAUCGCGAUAUGGUUGUGAUGGGUUGAUUGUUAGCAGAGCUCUGCGCGGUCUUUGCCAAUAAGUUUUUUAGUACCACUGCCGCGUCGACUCAGAUUUGUAUAGAGACUAGAUGAGGGGCGAUGUACGGCUCGCAAUAACCGCUGCCCUCCGCUUUAAUAAAAUUGUCUUUUAAACA